AAGAAAAGCCGCCCACGUUAUGGUCUGUUGUGCACAAGUAAGUAAAUAUAUUCUACACCCAGCAAUACAAGGACAUAGGUGAAUGCGCGGAGUAAGUGGUCGUACUUACUCAAAAAGCAAGUUAUGGCUAUCUUAGAAUCAUCAUGCUCGUCAACUGUAACCAUUCGACGUGUAGCAGUUGUGAUUUCGGUGUCAAUUUGUGCAUCGUCUGUUUUAAUAUGUCAAUACUUCAUUCGCUCCGAAUAUAUGAAUCACUUACUGCAACAGUCCAAAAGUUUACGCUUUCAAAUGGAAUGCUUGAAAGGACCUGAGCCUGAAACGAGACAUGGCUGUUGGAAAAAAUAUCAAAUAAAGUCAUCGGUUCAAAAACAAAAUAACUUGACAUCUGAGUGCUUACAGGAUGAAAAAAUAAGAAGUUUUAUUAAUAAGAAGAUAGACAAAAGUCUCGAGAGCCAAAGGCAACACCUAGAAAAUGAGGUUGGGGAAAUUGGGAAGAAAAAGCUCGAUAAAAUAGUUGAACGUUGCUAUGGUGAUGACAAAAGAUUCGUUGUUCACUGGAUUGUACGUGACAAUGCAAGUGUCGGAAUGAAAGAUCAAUAUGCACUGUAUCUCCCGGAUACGAAGAUUCAUUUGUCAACGGAGCUGUAGAAAUACCAAAAAACGGUCUUUAUAUGAUUUAUGAAAUAACCGCAAAAUGUGAAGAUUCAGAUGAAAAACAAGAAAGGUCAAAAUUUUAAAUAUUAUUCAACCAGGUAAUUUGUUCAUUCUUUACUUCUAGCUUAUUUGGCAGCCACUCAAAAAAAAUGACGUAGAAGAUGUAAAUUGCUUUUUAAAUAUUUUAUUAUCGGUAUUCUUUGCAUAUGCGGCUUACGGACACCUGGGCGUGAUUAUAUUAUCAAGAGGUUACGUUACGUUUGGGGAAUAUUGCAAGUUAUGAUUUCAUUGAUUUGACUCUGAAUAUUCACGUGGUUUGGCUUAUCGGUAUUUCGAACAAUGGACAAACAUUUUCGUCAAUUUCAAUCUCAGGAUUUUGAUACCUAACCUAGCAUAUAGAUAUGAAUUCUAUUUUGUAGAAGCACAAACGUUUUGAAUAUUCACAUUUCCAUAUGAAGAAUCUAGAUAUUUAAUAUUUGACAAUGAGCGGUCUUGUCAAAUACACUGGGAACAGGUAUAA